AUGUCCUACAAACGCAAGAAAAGCCUCCUAAUCGGGAUCAACUACGUCGGUAGCCGCCACGAGCUGCGAGGCUGCCAUUCAGAUGUCGAUAACAUGGCCGAAUUUCUUUCCUACAGAGGCUACAGCAACGCCCAUCGGGACCGCGUCAUUCUUACCGAUCGACCUGAAGUCCCCUACGACGCACCCUACUACCCUACAGGCCACAAUAUCUUAGCAGCAAUGGACUGGCUAGUGUCAGAGCCCGGUUGCACCUUGUUCUUACACUACUCCGGCCAUGGCGGACAGAUCAGAGAUGUGGACGGAAACCGCAGUACCGGAAUCGACGACUCCAUUGUCCCUGUUGAUUUCGAAUCUCGCGGCCAAAUUUCAAGUACACUGUUGCACGAACAUCUCGUAACAUACAUGGCGCCUGGGUGCACCCUCUUCAUCAUCAUGGAUUGCUGCCACUCUGGCUCCGCUGUUGAGCUUCCCUUUGUCUAUCGCUCUGACAGCGAUGGGCAAAUCAGCCUCAUGGACAACCUGAAGGCUGGCGCACAGCUGGUUGGUGAAGCGCGAAAUAUCAUUUCGGGUGGCUUUUCGUACCAGAAGGUCGGAGAGGCGCAGAAACUUCUUGCAGGCGCGAGCAGCUUUUUCAAGGGACUGAAACAUAUGGGCGAGCAGGACGAAGAGGGACUGGCGGAGGGGGAGUUUGCGGGGCAGUAUGGGAGUGAGCAGAAAAUGGUUACCAUGUUUUCAGGAUGCAGAGAUGACCAGACAAGCGCAGAUGCAAGCAUCCAAGGCGAAGCAACCGGCGCAAUGACAUGGGCAUUCUUGGAGACAAUGAAGCGUGCUGAAAACCCUUCGUACGCAGAGGCUUUGCAAUUGACGAGAAGAAUGCUGGAUGAGAGUAAAUAUACACAAAUUCCGCAGUUGAGUGCCGGGCUCGAUAUUGAUCUGGAUCAUAUGGCGUUAGUGCUCUGA